CCCCGCCCUCACCCGUGACGUAUGCUGUUGUCGGCUGGAGAAGGUCAGGCCUGCAGAACCCGGAACCGGAGGUAGAGCGGACCACCUGUAAGCAGAGCCGGGGGCUUGUGUUGUGGCGGACAUGGACUUCUGCGGUCACUGCUUCCUAGGACAGUAUGAAGCUCCGACCAGGGUCUGAGCGGAGAUGCAGUGAGACCAGCAAUUUAGAAGAUCAGAAUACCCUAACAAUGCAGGCAAGCUCUGGGCAUGCUCAUCAGGCUGGCAAUAUUGAUGUUUCCUCAGCUAGUCUUUCUCUUCCAACUGGACGUUCACCAGCAGAAGGUUCCUGCAGUACUGGAGAAGUGACAAUAAACCUCCGCCCUGCAAAUCAUGAGAGUGAAGGAAGGUCUGGAUCUCGACACACCAGACCAACCAUACGUUUAAACAGUCGGCAUGGUCAUACACACUCGAAUUCCAAUGAGGCGACCGGGCCAAGUGAUCCAAAUAACACAGACAAUAGAGAAAACGGCAACAGUAUCUCAGAGGUCCUACAUGUCUAUCAGUGGCUGGAUAAAAGCUUUCCAUAUAUACUAAUCUUCAGUGCCAAACUUAUUGUUCAGCACCUAACAGGCAUUUCUGUUGGAAUUGGUCUUCUAACAACUUUUCUCUAUGCAAACAAAUGCAUUGUAAAUCAGGUUUUUCUAAGAGAUAAGUGUUCCAAAAUUCAGUGCAUUUGGCUGUUGUUUUUCUUAUCUGGCUCGUCAUUCCUUUUAUAUUACACAUUUUCUUCCCAGGCACUUUAUUACAGCUUGAUUUUUAUGAACCCCACUAUUGGACCUUUACAAUUCUGGGAUGUGUUGUGGGUUGUUGGUAUCACAGAAUUUGUUGUGAAGUUUACCUUUAUGGGCCUCAAGUGUUUGAUCCUGCUGGUGCCUUCCUUUAUAAUGUCACAUAAAUGCAAGGGCUAUUGGUACAUGUGCUUAGAAGAGAUUGCAAAGUAUUAUUGUAUGCUUGUGUUAACGCCGGUAUGGUUCCGCUAUUUGAUUGAUUAUGGGGCUCAGACCAGUGGAGCGGAAUGGCAUUUUGGUGUUUUGUUGGCUUUGCUCUACCUCAUCAUAAAACUUUUUGUGGUUUUUGGACAAUGGAAAACGUGUGCGGAUAUGUUACGAUUGUUUUUUACUCAGCCUACUUAUGGAGUAGCUGCAUCUAAAAGGCAAUGUUCAGAAGUUGAUGACAUCUGUGCAAUCUGUCAGGCUGAAUUUAGAAAGCCAACAGUUCUUCUGUGUCAGCAUAUAUUCUGUGAGGAAUGCAUCUUCUUGUGGUUCAAUAGAGAGAAGACCUGCCCCCUAUGCCGUACUGUGAUUUCUAGCCAAAACCACAAGUGGAAAGAUGGAGCCACAUCACUGCAGCUACACGUGUUCUAGUCUUACUUUAUCUGCUGUGCUCCUACUGUUGAACACAUUUUCAUCUUUAGAUUUGUUUUACCACACACAUGCUUGAAUCAAAAUUUUUAUUCUGUUAGAAGGGCUAGAUAUUUUUAAUUGGGUUUUCUUUGCAUGUUUUUUUUUUUUUUUUUGUAAAAUACGGUUUGUCUGUCUUCUCUUUCCAGAUGUAGGACUUUGCUUUGUCUGCCUUUUGUUUUCAAAUGUAGGACUUUGCUUAAACGUGGAAUUCCAGCUAAACACAUAGUUGAAAAGUUUCACUUCUAAAAAUAAUUUAAAUUCUGUUCAAUCCACACUUUGUAGUGAGGAUGGUCAAAUUAAUAUGCAACGCUAUGGCUUCUGUGCCAGCAGCCUACCCAUUGGAUAAUAUAUCUUUUAUCACUGCUAAAAUGUCUUACUUGUGCGCCCCUGCUCUUGUAAAGCUGGCCAUACAGUGUGUGAAUUUCAGCCAGUUCCUGAUGUACCACCUGCAAUUUGAUUUGUGUGUGUGGCCCUAUCGCUGCCCUCCUGCUCAAUAUCCUUUAGUUGAAAAAUUUAAGAAGCAAGGCAGAAAAUUGUGGGCAGAACAGGGGUUGUGGCCAAUCGGAUGAAGCCACUGUUCAGGUAGGCUGGCUACUACAGAUGUCACAAUACAAUAGCUUGGUGGGGGGAUUUGUCUAUCUGCACAGUAUAUUGUGGAUGGAUGAAUUCAUACGAUUUUUUCCAUCGAGCCUGCAGGCUGAAUAAAAUAAUGGUGUAUGGCCAGCUUAAGCUGCAUAAACAUUUUCUACCUGGGCCUCCAGUGUCUGCUCCACAUUGGAUUAGCUGCAUAGUAAAAUGCAGUAGAGCCUGAUUGGCUUGCAGUGCCUAACCUCUCACUCAGUUUAAUUUCUGCUGUGCAGGAAAAAUCAAGAGAUACAUAUCAGAAAUUGAUACUAGCAGUAUUUUCAAAUAUUUUAAAGAUCUAUAGAUGCACGAACAUAUUUGCCUGCUAAAUAUUUAUCAGCAUGAAAAAAGUGUAAGAUUUAGAAUAUAUGCAAUAAUGGUUAAAUAUAAGGGAUAGAUUGGAUCAGAUUGCUAUUUACAGUUUGAGUACAAAUGUAAUGCACAUUUGCUAGGAAAUUAUUCCUGGCAGUAUAAUGGUAUUAAGGGGGCUUUUGGAAAGUGGUGAUUGAUUUAAACCAAAGACUUUACCUGAUAAUAAUUGGGCAAGAUGUAAAUUCAAGUAUUGUCUGGUUCAGAAAUGUAACUCCCUCAGGAGUGUGAGGGGGGCGGGGGGGUUUUAUGGCAUGCUAUGUGCUCCUUUCUUAAAUGUAAUUUUGAGUGUAGAUACUGAAUUCAACACACUUAUAGUGAUAUCCCUGUAAAUAAUAUAUAUAUAUAUAUAUUCCUUUCUAAUAUGGCAUGUUAAUGAAAUGCAGUAAAUUCUGUUUUACCCAAAUAUUUCUUGAAACAACCAAAGCAUAGCCAUUCAGAUUUUUUUUUUUAAAUAUGUAUGUUUGUGUGUGCACCUUUCACUUUUCCCGUCCUUCCUAGAGGACACAACUCUGUGGCAAACCAGCAUUUUAAGAGAUGUUCUGUACAGACUUGCAGAAUGUCUGCAUUGGAUGGUAUAAAUCCAUGCUUUACUAGCUGGCAUCCAGCCAAACCGAAUCAGUACUAUUUUUUCAGACUAUACUGAACCUAGCUUUUAUUCUGAGCACAAAUCAUAGCAAAGAUAUUGAGAUAGAGGUAUAUUUAUAUAUGCAUAUUUUGUUUUGUUUUUUUUGCUAUUCUUGGGGUGCAACUUUAUACAACAGUUUUUGCUGACCACCUUGAAACAGAAUGUAUUCUGAUUAAAACACAUUUUUCAUUGAUUGAGGUUACUGAAAACUGAUUUAUUUAUCUAGUGCAUGUGUGGGGAUUUGAAAACGUGUUUAUUUAAAUUGAACAGUUUAAAUAAAAGUAUUUUUCUCUUCU